CGCGGCCCUGCUUCUCUCUGAGCUGCUGCUGCUGAUUGGCUGAGCCACAAAGAAAGGCGUGGUUGCAGAAGGCAGAGGUCUUGGAGCUGGGAAGCAGGCCUCAGUGAAGCCUGCUUACCUGUCCAGCUGCCACAGCCAUGUCGGAUAGGGAGGAGCGCCGCUUUGUGGAGAUCCCGCGGGAGUCGGUGCGGCUGAUGGCUGAGAGCACUGGGGUGGAGCUGACGGAUGAGGUGGCCUCCCUCCUGGCUGAAGAUGUCUGCUACCGCCUGCGAGAAGCCACUCAGAACAGUUCCCAGUUCAUGAAACACACCAAACGGAGAAAGCUGACGGUAGAGGACUUCAAUCGCGCCCUGCGCUGGAGCAAUGUCGAGGCGGUGUGUGGCUAUGGCUCUCAGGACGCCCUCCCAUUCCGUGCCAUCAAGGACGGCGAACUGUACUUCCAGGAGGAUCGUGAGGUCAACCUGGUGGAGCUGGCUUUGGCCACCAACAUCCCCAAGGGCUGUGCUGAAGCAGCUGUGAGAGUUCAUGUUUCUUACCUAGAUGGGAAAGGAAACUUGGAACCACAAGGCUCUGUGCCCAGCGCCGUCUCAGCCCUGACAGAUGACCUGCUGAAGUAUUACCAGCACGUGACCCGGGCCGUGUUGGGGGAUGACCCCCAGCUGAUGAAGGUGGCUCUUCAGGACCUGCAAACCAACUCGAAGAUCGCAGCUCUCCUGCCUUACUUUGUCUAUGUUGUAAGCGGGGUCAAGUCCGUGAGCCACGACCUGGAGCAGCUGAACCGCCUUCUGCACGUGGCCAAGAGCCUCAUCCAGAACCCCUACCUGUGCCUGGGCUCCUAUGUCAAGAGCCUCAUUGCCAGCGUCAUGUACUGCGUCCUGGAACCCCUGGCGGCUUCUAUCAACCCCCUCAAUGAUCACUGGACCCUGCGUGACUACGCAGCCAUGCUGCUGGGACACAUCUUCUGGACUCACGGUGACUUGGUGAGCGGCCUGUAUCACCAGAUCCUGCUGUCGCUGCAGAAAGUGCUGGCCGAUCCCGUCCGCCCGCUCUGUUCCCACUAUGGGGCUGUUGUGGGGCUACAUGCCUUGGGAUGGAAGGCAGUGGAGAGGGUUCUCUAUCCCCACCUCUCCACCUACUGGUCAAACCUGCAGGCCGUGCUGGAUGACUACUCUGUGUCCAAUGCUCAGGUGAAGGCUGAUGGGCACAAAGUCUAUGGAGCCAUCCUGGUGGCAGUGGAGCGGCUCCUGAAGAUGAAGGCGCAGGCUGUAUCGGCGCCCGUCCAGGCGGAAGGCUCCGGCGCAGAGGGGCGCUCGCGGGAGGGCUGCCCUUGGCUCAGCCCUCUCCAGGACCCUCAGGUGGAGUUCGGCUUUGGCAUCGCCAGCCACCUGCUCCAGCUGGGCAGCGGUGGGCCCCAGGCCGGUGUGGGCAUCUCCACGGACCCCCCCACCACCUCGUUGAACGAGAUCUACCAGGAGCUGUACUACUUCUUUGGGGACAGCCUUGCCACCCGUUUUGGCACGGGUUCGGGGCUGUGCCCGGCCGAGCCGCUGCCAGCCAGCACUCCCAAGGUGGUGGACGCCAAAAAGGAGCCGCCGGCCUUUGGGGGUGGGGAGGCGGCCCGCAAGAUGCCCCAGCUGACAGCCAACGCCACCGUCAGCCCGCGGGAAGAGGAGAGCCCCCGUGGGGAGUUCUCGGCCAGCCGGGCCCCCCUGCAGCGUCCCGCCAGCCUGGCGCGGUCGCGCAGUGCCUCUCGCCAGCAGGGGUACCGCCUGGGCGUCCGGGACGUCUUCCAGAAGUGCCGCUUCUCCCCCCAGGGGCCGCCUCGCUUCAGCUUCUUGAUCGCGGGUCGCCAGGCGGAGAGGCGGUGCCAGGGGCGCCUCUUCCAGACCUCUUUCCUGCACCACCACGGCCCCGGCCACGUCUCCCGCUACACCCAGAAGCUGCCCAUGAUCGGAAGGACCAAGGCAGUGAAGAAGUGGGCCCACUCAGAAUACUCUCUCUACCUGCCUCUCUGAAAGGGACCUGCCAGGGUGGUGGCGGCAGCAGCAGCAGCACCCAGCCCUUCUGGGCCAUGUGCCCUUCAUGGCAAUGUCAUUUUUUUAAUUUAAAAAAAAAAAAAUUCCCAAAGAUACACACUAUUCAAUUAGAAAUAAAAAUACAAAAUAAUAACCAAACAAAGAAAAUUAAUCAUACACCCAUGUGGCUUCCCUCCCCCAAUACUCGUCAUCUCUUAAUCUUUAGGCAAUGCCAUUUUUUAGGGCCACAAGCUUUCUCAGGUAGAGCGGCGACCUCUUGUUUUAUUCCUGGCGAUUUGGGACUUCUUUUUUAUCGGCUCUUCUUCUUUUGAGGGGCACAAUUUCAUCACCGCUUGUGUGGGAGGUUGGGGGCAGAAGAGCAGAGCUGGUUUUACAAAGAUGUCAACCCUGGAACUGUGAAGGGUGAGGGAUUUGGGUUUGGGGCGAGGCUCCCGGCCGGCCUUUACUAAUGUGCUGGUCUCCAGUUGUUUUGAACUACAACUCCCAACAGCCUCAGCUACCACACACUGGCCAAGACUGCUCUAGGCGUUGUCUGCUUGUGAAGGCACUGAGGACAUACUCAGCCUCCUCUGAAUGGGGGCUCCGGUCCCGUCCCCCCAUUCCCCUACCAAAAGAGAAAAUGAAUAAAGGAGCCCUUUAUUUCCCUGAUCUUUUUA